AUUCGGACGUCGCUGCUCGAUUCGGAUUUCAACCGCAAUGCUUUGUCUCGUCCUGCUCCUGGCAACUCCAUUCUUAUCUUUUGCUCAUCCAACUCAAGUCAUCAUGCAUUCUACCGCCCGUGAAAAGCCGUCUUUCCCUGCCUCGUACGAGCUCUUUUCGCCAGCAUUUAAACAGCCUGAUCCGCCGCUUGUGAAAGCCGAAUUCAAAUGCAACUGGCAGCAGCAUGCUUGGUCCUCCUCCUUCUCACACAUCUCGUCGGGCUACCUCUACCACUCCACCACGCACUCCAAGGUCCGCGCCGACGCAACCUACGACUCGUUCAUUGAAUCUUCUUUGUUCGACUACACAAACACCAAUGGUGGUAACCUCGUCUGGAAUACCCUCUACACAAUCGAGCCUUCCGUCUCUGCUGCACCGAAGAUCUGGACUGGUUUCGUGAAGCCCGCUUGGGCCCUAUUUGGGGAAGAUACUCUGGCGAAGAGCAAUGCUGUCUUUGCGGGUGUAGUGGAGGACAAAUGGCUAGGUGAGGUCGCAAGUUGGAAGAUUGUGUAUGAGAACUCCGGCUCGGUAACGCUGUAUCUUGAUUCGAGCUGCACGGUUGCGGGAUAUGAUUUCUACGACGUGACAACGAGGGCGGGGAUCGCGAAUCGUUUCUUUAAUAUUGAGAUUGGGCAGAUCGAUGCGAGAGUGUUCGACUUUCCCAAGAAAGAGUAGCGGAAGACAGCGAAUCUUGUCCGGAUUAUUCAGGAUCAACUAUUUCCACACUCACUGCGGUGGAAUCUUUCCAUGCCAAGGUAGUACUGUUAAUCCUCCAUCUCUUGAGAGGGUCAGAACUGUCGGAAAUUUCUCCUUGUGUUUCCAUAGUCCUUCUGUUGUAUCUGAGCCAGACAAUUCCCCGGUCUUUAUCGACGUUCAACGAGAGGCAAUGGAUUCUGUUUGUUUCUGGCACCCCAAAACUUGGAGAAUCAGCUGAUACAUUGCGAGAAUCUGGCUCGAGGUGCUCCUCGACAUCGAUGACAAAUUCGGCGAUUCUGGCCAACAUAUCCGCGUCCCAGAUGCCUUCACU